CUCACAUCCACCUGACAGGCCGACAGACCACACCUCUCGCUCGGGGUGCGCUGUGCAACCCAGCCGCCUUUCUGGACAUCAAAACAGUCGCUGACAGUGUGGGCCUUCAUCUCCACCAUCACCGAGCCUGCUGUCGGGUGUGUGCAUGCAGCAUAAUGGAGCAGGAGAAACCCCGAACGGAGAACCGCCUCCGCUUUCCUUUAGCGCUGCAGCUCCGCUCCAAAUGGCAACAUCACGGGUGAGGAGGUUCGCGCAGGAGGGGCGGACGGUCCCUCAGCCCAGAGUGAUGGUGGUGUUUUCGGCUGCGAGUGACUCUGAGAAACCGGGGGAUGCGAUGUCGGGUGCGGACAAAGGAGAAGAGGAGUACCGCAAACCAGCCAUUCCUGUCGCUAACCUGAAUCUAGCCAAAUCCCUUCGCACUUUAGACGCACCUGAGGAGUUUCCUGAGGUCAUCCCCUUGAAUGUAGGAGGAACAUAUUUCACCACUCGCCUGUCCACCCUGCGACGUUAUGAGGACACUAUGUUGGCCGCCAUGUUUAGUGGCCGCCACCACAUUCCCCGAGAUGCAGAGGGACGAUAUUUCAUCGACCGGGACGGAACAUAUUUUGGGGAUAUUUUGAAUUUCUUGCGCGAGGGUGAGCUGCCUCAGAGGGACCGUGUUCGUGCCGUGCACAGGGAAGCUCAAUAUUAUGCUAUUGGACCUCUUUUGGAAAACCUGGAAGACACACAGCCUCUCACUGGAGAGAAAGUGCGACAAGCUUUUCUUGAUCUCUUGCCCUAUUAUAAAGAAAAUCUCGAGCGCAUCGUGGAGAUCGCGAAACUCCGUGCCAUGCAGCGGAAGGCACGCUUUGCGAAACUGAAGAUCUGUGUGUACAAGGAAGAGAUGCCCAUCACCCCUUAUGAAAGACCGCUGUUCAACUCAUUGCGUUUUGAGCGCUCGGAGAGUGAGGCCAAGCUGUUUGAGCACCAUUGUGAGGUCGACGUGUCCUUCGGGCCCUGGGAGGCAGUGGCGGAUGUUUAUGACCUUCUGCACUGCAUAGUAAGCGAUCUGGCAGAGCGGGGAAUCUCUGCUGACCAGCAAUGCAUCGGCGUGUGCGACAAACACCUCAUCAACCACUACUAUUGUAAAAGGCCCAUCUAUGAGUUUAAAAUCACCUGGUGGUGAAGGUGAGGUGUUUCAUCAGGAACAGAAAGGGAUGUUUGCUGUGGUCUACAUGAAACCAGCAGGACUCACAACGAGUGGAAGAAACUACAAGCUUCUGAAUAAGAUGGCUGUUAUUAUUGCUGUUGCUGUGGUUUGCAACCCCAAAUUUCCUUUAUGGGCAGCUCUAUUGAUUUUUUGUUUUUGUUUACCUUCCUUGUUCCUUUAGAAUAAACCCGAAAUUGUUUAAUUCAGUUGUAGAUCUACAGGGGUUUUCUGGAACGUCCUCAGAGGAAGUGAACUGAUGUGAAACAGUGUUUUUUUAAUUAUUAUUAUUAUUAUGACAUCUCUGCAAAGUAUGUUUUUGUGUUAGAUGUAUUGAAUGUAUUAACAGUUCGAUCAAGACUCAAUCAACUGCACUCCUAAUGGGAAAUCGGAAAUUUGUCAUUGCUUGUGAUGCAUUUCUUCAGAAGGAAACCUUUCUCCUCUUCAGUAUUUUUGAUAUUGUUUUACUCCAUUUGUUUUAUUUAUAUACGUUGGACCUGAUCUGUGUUAUGUUGCCAAUAAUGAGCAUUAUAGAUCACGCAAUCUAAGCAGAAGCUGACUUAAUUUAGAAUACAAAGGUCUAGCAUUUAUAGCCACCCAAAGCUUCACAUAAAGCCUUCAGAAAAAACAACACACCCCUAGACAAGCAUUACAUUUAUUUUUUAAUUUAAAAACACUUUUGUUUUUAGAAUAAGCUUUUAGAUUGAAUAUAAAAUGUCCUAAAUAUGAGUACAUUUAAUUAAAACGAUACUAUACAAAGACUGUUAGCCAACUUUCUGCAGGUUAAAUAGCCUAUUUUGCUACUUUGACACUUUAUGAAAUUAUUUUCUGCUGCCAAAUGCAUUUGUUCAUGCUUGCCAUAACCCUCAACGAUUGCAUUAUUUGUUAUUUCAUCCAUCUGAAACCUCUAUUCGUUUCGGUCUGAGAGCUGUGAAGGCCACACGAAGUUGCAUGAGCUCUCUUGUGUUUUGGCAGCAGAAUAUGUCACAGCCAUGCUUCUGAUAAUCCUAACUGAGCUCAACUUUGUUGCUCAAUCCGAUGCAUAUUUGUUCUGUUGUACAUUUGAUGAAGACAGUUUGUAUUGCAUUAUUGUACUGGCUCUUAUUGUGCUGAUAAUAAACCAUAUAUUUUGCAAUCUA